AUCACUUGCUAAACUUGUGUGACGUGUAAAUUGGUAUGGUGAUUAUCCGGUAUUAAUCAGUGCCCUGCCCCCACAAUUAUUCCCUAAUCCAACCCAAAGAGAGUGGACACUUGACGGAUACAGCACAGUCCCGGCGUUUUAUGUAUACACUAAUCAACGUCCCUUGGAAGAAGGGAAGAGGCGGCCGGAUAUAUCUAUCUAUCUAUCUUGGACAGACACGAUCAAGGAAAGCGAGAUAAAAACAACAUAAAACAGAUACAUUUAUUGCGGAAACAGCUGCAGAGAACUGGGAACUCAGGGCUAGCUCCGGAGAUUCUCCUUUUUUGCCCCCAGCUAGCUAAAGCUAAUCAUUACCUCUUCAUUACAUUAUUGUUAUGGUGAUCCAUAGGGUGGAGAUGUGCAUCUCGCUGACCAGGCUCGCGUUCGAGUUCGUCCUCGUCGUGGCCGAAGCACUUGAGACCGUCAUCCAGCGCAACGGCGCCGAUUCCGACGACGACGACGACGAUGGCAACGUUUUGCCGCACCUCCGCCGCCGCCGUCACUACAACCCCUAUUAUUCCCCGCCCGCCGCUUCUGUCCCUUUUGUUGCCUUCCUCCCUUAAUUCUUUUUUUUUUUUUGUGCCACCGCGCGCACGUCCUAGCAAAACCCAAAUGCCUCUACUUUUCUACCGGAGAAGCUCGAGCCACCCAAAUUGUGCAGCGGCGCCCUCCUUCCCCAUUUCCCAAACUCUGCUUCUUCUCAUAAUUGUUUCAUUAAUUCCUUCUUUUUCUCUGCUGCUGCUAUUAUGUAAAUCGAAUUGUCCGAUAUACCAUUAUCGAGGAAAUAAAAUUCUUUGUUCACC